UAUCAUUUGAACCAGCCAGAGUGUAGCCGCAGCAUGUGUUGCUGUGCAGCAACAGCGAGAGAUCAGUGCAGCUGUGCGCAAAGCACGGGGUGAAGCUCUGGGUGAAGAACAAUUCAGGCCAUGGCGUCGCGCAUGGCGUCGAUGAACAAAGGCGCCGGAGAUGUCACGAACCGAGGCCACGCACAGGGCAGUGGCAAAGGAUGGCGUCCUUGGAAGCCGGAGAGCACGGUGGCGGUCACCGGGGUGACCGAACGGACCAAGAAGACCGCGCUGCAAGAGGCCUUUGGCGACUUUGGCCGCAUCAUCCGCAUCGAGGUUCCGGAGGGCAAGACCGUGGCCUUCGUGGAGUACGAGGAGAAGCGCGACGCCAACGAUGCCAUCCUCGAGAUGAACCACCGGACCUUCGAAGGCCGGAAGAUUGGCGUUCGCAUGGUGGAGGAUUUGCCCACGAAGGAUCGGAAGAAGGAGGAAGCUCCGACGCCAAGGGCAGGUGGACGGGAGGUCGGUCGGAGCUCCAGGCGCACCAGCCGUAGCCGCAGCCGAAAGGAGCGACGACGAUGAGCAACUGGUUUGAGCGUCUAGCAUGCUGGAGGAGCUGAAGGCCGCCGGCGACGGAGAAACCUGCGGCUAGCCGCCGCGGAUCUGUCAGUUUCAGUGGGUGAGG